AUGCCAUGUGGAAAAGUGUUUGAGGAUCAUUUGUGUCUAUCCUGCAGGUUCCUGGCUGACACCUCCUUCACAGGACAAACAGGCCCUGUAGCCAUAGGGAACUCCUCCCGGGUGCUGACCUCCCCCCUCUUCCACAUCUGGAGCCUGCAGAGGGACCCGCUGGGCCAGCCGACCUGGGUGACGGUGGGCAACUGGAAGAGAGGACGGCUGGUGGUGGAGCAGCAGGGCUUCUGGCAGGGCAGGGGUUUACACAGGAAGUCAGGAAUGGGAGGGGGGCCAGGGAGCCGGGGGGUGAGGGGAGACGGGGCCUGGGGGAGCUCUCGGACCCGGCUACGUGUCGUCACUUUGGUGGAGCAUCCCUUCGUCUUCACCAGGAAGGUGGAUGAAGAUGGGAGCUGCCCAGCUGGCCAGUUCUGCCUUGACCCUCGGACCAACAACUCAGAAACCAUAGACAGGUACUUCCGACAUCUUUCCCGGGAAAGUAACACAUCAAUCCCUGACGAUUUCCGCAAGUGCUGCUAUGGCUACUGCAUCGACUUGCUGGAAAAGCUGGCGGAGGACUUGAGAUUUGAUUUCGACCUUUAUAUAGUCGGGGAUGGGAAAUACGGAGCCUGGAAAAAUGGCCGUUGGACUGGGCUGGUGGGGGAUCUUAUGAGUGGUGCUGCAGACAUGGCGGUCACCAGUUUCAGUAUCAAUUCAGCCAGGAGCAAAGUCAUGGACUUCACCAGCCCAUUCUUCUCAACUAGUUUGGGCAUUCUGGUUCGGAGCAAGGAUACUGCCGCCCCCAUCGGUGCCUUCAUGUGGCCCCUGCAUUGGUCAAUGUGGGUGGGCAUCUUCAUGGCUCUCCAUCUGACCGCCCUCUUCCUCACCCUUUACGAGUGGAAGAGCCCCUAUGGGAUGACUCCACAUGGGCGGAACCGCAAGAAGGUCUUCUCCUACUCCUCAGCCCUCAAUCUCUGCUACGCCAUCCUGUUCGGACGCACCGUUUCCAGCAAGACUCCCAAGUGCUGGACCGGCCGCUUCCUCAUGAAUCUGUGGGCCAUCUUCUGCCUGCUGGUGCUCUCCAGCUACACGGCCAACCUGGCUGCCGUCAUGGUGGGAGAGAAGACCUUCGAGGAGCUGUCAGGAAUCCAUGAUGCCAAGCUGCACCACCCCUCCCAUGGUUUCCGCUUUGGUACGGUCUGGGAGAGCAGUGCAGAGGAGUACAUGAAGAAGAGCUUCCCCGAGAUGCAUGAGUACAUGAGACGCUUCAAUGAGCCCACCACCCCAGAUGGUGUUGCCAACCUCAAGACAGAUCCGCCUCAGCUGGACGCCUUCAUCAUGGACAAGGCUCUGCUAGACUAUGAAGUGUCCAUCGAUGCAGACUGCAAGCUGCUCACUGUGGGGAAGCCCUUUGCCAUCGAAGGCUAUGGGAUCGGCCUUCCCCAGAACUCUCUCUUCACCUCCAAUGUGUCGGAGUUCAUCAGCCGCUACAAGUCAGAUGGCUUCAUGGACAUGCUGCACGACAAGUGGUACAAAGUGGUGCCUUGUGGGAAGAGGGUGUUCGCUGUCACUGAGACCCUGCAGAUGGGAAUCAAUCACUUCUCAGGCCUCUUCGUGCUGCUCAGUGUAGGGGUCAGCGGGGCUCUUCUCACUCUGGCUGGAGAGCACGCCUUCUACCGGCUCAUCCUGCCUCACAUCCGCAAGAGGAACAAAUUCAAGUACUGGCUCCACACCAGCCAGAAAAUCCACCGUGCUUUGAACAUGAAUUUUGAGGAUGGUAAGAACCGAAACCAACCAAAAACGGAGAAAAGUUGCAACCUUCAGAGGGUCCAGCCACCCCCUCCCCUAGCCAAGUGGAACAACGAGAGAAACAAGAGUGCGCAGGAGAGCAGGGACAACAAGCGGGUACACUUCAACCUGGAGACCCUCAACAGCGGCCGGCUCCUGGCUCAGGUGGUGGCGGCGGGCAGGGAGGAGGCUGUGACAAAGGGGGCACGGAGGCCCUGCAAGAACGGCUGCUCUCCCUGCUCGUGCACCUCACCCCGAAACACUGGGCUGGUGGAGCUGGAGAGCCGCAUCGAGGAGAUCCGCGGGCAGUUACGGGCCGCACUGGCACGGAAAUCAGAGCUGCAGUUCUGCUUGGCGAGAGAGAAAGAGUGCCAAUCGGCAGCCCCACUCCCCCUCCAACCCACCACCACAGAGGAAGAAAAAGCAGCUAAAGAGAGCAAUGCAGACAGGUGAUUGUGCACCAGGGCAACUAUUUUUUUAUAUGGAUUUAAAAAGUAUAAUUAAGAAGUGCAAUUUUAAGGAUACAAACCUGGACUUGAAGGACCUGGUAGUUUUUUCCCCCCACGGAUUCCUCUGGGUAAUGACAGGAAAAUAGGAAGUCAGGAUUUUCUCAUUAUUUUGUAAACCUUGCAGAUUUAAUUUACAGGACAUCUUCAGAAAUGUAUUUCUCAACAGCUCCAGGCGCUGAAUCAAGAUUUAAGGUACUGCAUUAAGGGUGUACGGGAUAAAGACAUCAAUCUGUAAUAAACUUGGAUUGCUCAGAAGUACAGAAAUCCUUUUCUUCAGGAAGCCUUUGUUCCAUUUAUUCUCCCUGCUUUGAGGCUCCAAGAUUGCAUUAAAUCUAUAACGUUAUUUGUAUUAAGCUUUGCAGAUGACAUUUGAACUUUUUGAAAUGCUACAAUCCAAGACCCCAGUUCUGAUUUCUCACGACUUCCAAAAAAUGUCUUGCUAUGGGUCUUUUGUAUUAAGCAUUCCCAAAAACUAGCAUUCCCAAAAACCACUCUUUUUUUAAAAAAUCAUUGUUUUACUGAAUGUUGGAAUUCCGCUGCUCAUUUUUAAAGACUUUCUCUUGUAAGGAUGGAUUUUCUGCCCACAUGUGUUAUUGGGUUGAAUCAAAAUGGGGAAUACUGAGACUCUUCUCCAAGUAAGGACAGCUAAGGAUAGCUUUCAGCCACUGUGGGACAUUAUGAUGUGCCAGAAAGACUUGAUUUCUCUUUCCAAGCUACAAUAUACUGAACUGUAAAAUAAUCAAUUAUAACUUCAUUAAGCAUCUUUAUUUUUUUGUACAGUAUUCCCAGAUUUAGAUAAUGGUUUAUGUUAUUUUUGUAACUUGAUUUACUCAGACAAAUUCAUUUUAACACUAGUGUGCCAAAAAAGGCCUUAACACUUUUUCCUUUUUUGAAAAACAAGUUUUAUUUGGAUUUAUUCCAUGCAAUUAGAAUAGGGGAAAUCAGGUUCUGAAUACAAGUUUAAAAAAAAAAAAAAACCCACAACAUUAAAUUAUGGGAGCUGCCAGGGAUAACCAGAAAUAUUCAAUCGCGAUCACAGAUACACGGAAACAGCCGACCACCUUCAUCCCUGAAAAUGACUCAUCAAAAAAAUGUGUAAGCACCAAUUCCUAAACAUCAUCUCGUUUGAUUUACUUAGCUUUGCUGAGAAACAAAUUACAACUGAAGUGAAAUAUGAAUAUCAUAGACGAGUACCGUGCGACAUCUUGAUGAAGAAGGUGCAUUCUUGGGAAAAGAUGGAGUGACAAACAAACUUUAUGGAACUGGCCUUAGCCAUGAAGUAGUGAAACAUAAUGACUCCCUUAUUAUUUAAACACAAAAAACUAUAUCAUUUGUAUUGUUUCAUGUACAUUGAAAGCAGAGAUUUUAAACUAUAUUAGGUACUUUAAAAUCCAUGUUCUUAUCAUUAGUUCUGCCUUGUUGAGCUUUGUAUUGUUAUUUUAUUAAACCAAAACUAUCCACCUGGUCUAGGUGCAAUUUAACCACAUCACCUACAGCACAAGCAAUGCUUGGCAGGAAGCAACCUUUUAUGUAUUCAUAAUCUACAUGUGAUUUAGCAAAUUACAUUUCCCUAUAAUC